AUGGACGGCCGCCUGAUCAAGGUUAAACUGCCCCGUAGACUGCCAGGAGACGUGGCAACAGGAGACGUGGCAACAGGAGACGUGGCAACAGGAGACGUGGCAACAGGAGACGUGGCAACAGGAGACGUGGCAACAGGAGACGUGGCAACAGGAGACGUGGCAACAGGAGACGUGGCAACAGGAGACGUGGCAACAGGAGACGUGGCAACAGGAGACGUGGCAACAGGAGACGUGGCAACAGGAGACGUGGCAACAGGAGACGUGGCAACAGGAGACGUGGCAACAGGAGACGUGGCAACAGGAGACGUGGCAACAGGAGACGUGGCAACAGGAGACGUGGCAACAGGAGACGUGGCAACAGGAGACGUGGCAACAGGAGACGUGGCAACAGGAGACGUGGCAACAGGAGACGUGGCAACAGGAGACGUGGCAACAGGAGACGUGGCAACAGGAGACGUGGCAACAGGAGACGUGGCAACAGGAGACGUGGCAACAGGAGACGUGGCAACAGGAGACGUGGCAACAGGAGACGUGGCAACAGGAGACGUGGCAACAGGAGACGUGGCAACAGGAGACGUGGCAACAGGAGACGUGGCAACAGGAGACGUGGCAACAGGAGACGUGGCAACAGGAGACGUGGCAACAGGAGACGUGGCAACAGGAGACGUGGCAACAGGAGACGUGGCAACAGGAGACGUGGAGGACACGUCGAAAGAGGACACGUCGAAAGAGGACACGUCGAAAGAGGACACGUCGAAAGAGGACACGGCCACGUCGAAAGAGGACACGUCGAAAGAGGACACGUCGAAAGAGGACACGUCGAAAGAGGACACGUCGAAAGAGGACACGUCGAAAGAGGACACGUCGAAAGAGGACACGUCGAAAGAGGACACGUCGAAAGAGGACACGUCGAAAGAGGACACGUCGAAAGAGGACACGUCGAAAGAGGACACGUCGAAAGAGGACACGUCGAAAGAGGACACGUCGAAAGAGGACACGUCGAAAGAGGACACGUCGAAAGAGGACACGUCGAAAGAGGACACGUCGAAAGAGGACACGUCGAAAGAGGACACGUCGAAAGAGGACACGUCGAAAGAGGACACGUCGAAAGAGGACACGUCGAAAGAGGACACGUCGAAAGAGGACACGUCGAAAGAGGACACGUCGAAAGAGGACACGUCGAAAGAGGACACGUCGAAAGAGGACACGUCGAAAGAGGACACGUCGAAAGAGGACACGUCGAAAGAGGACACGUCGAAAGAGGACACGUCGAAAGAGGACACGUCGAAAGAGGACACGUCGAAAGAGGACACGUCGAAAGAGGACACGUAG